GCAGGAGAUCUUCCACGACUCAAUCAAGAUAGAUCCAAUUCCAUGGUUUCGCAAGUUCGAGCUCAUGCUGCAGCUCCACAACGUCAAGGAACACAAGCACCACGCAUACUUGUACUCUCGCUCAGGGGGCGCGUGUCAGGCUUGGUUGGACAACCUGUUGUCCAAGUAUGGAGUGGUAGCUAACGACUUGCACACCAAGAUUACCUGGGAUGAUCUGAAGGCGGCGUGGCACAAGCGGUUCCAGGUGGAGCCACCAGAGAUCAAAGCCAUGGACAAGCUCAUGGUCUACGAGCAAGGCACGCUGCCGAGUACGGACUGGAUCAACGAGUACCAACGCUUGACGUCAGUCCCAGACAUCCAGAUGGGCUUCAAGGCCAUCCGCCAUUACUUCAUCUCAAGGUCAUGUCCGGCAUUGAGCAAUGCCCUGACGCAUGUCGAGGACACCUUGACGACGACGGCGGAAUUAUUUGACAAGGCUGUGCAGAUCAUCGUCACGAACAAGGAGGCCAAGAACCUCCGUUCAUUUGCGUUAGGCCCGAGCAGGGACCAGCAUCGGCCAAGAGUGGCCGUGGUCGCAGCGGCAGCGCCGUUAGACCAAACCAGCGAGGCUGCGUCUGCCAGUGAAGGAGACAGAUUUGCAGCCGCCCGGGAAGGUGGUGCGCAGGGAGAGGUCGAGGGCGCGGCAAGCCGAAGACACACACCGUUUCUAGCCCCGGGCCCGGUGCAGCAGCUCAGACAGGCCCAGACAGGCCCAUGGACCCCAUAUGGCAUCUCCAAGUCCGCAUACAAGGCGUGCGAGAGAUUCCACUAUUGCCUUUGGUGCAACAGCGAUCUUCAUCAGACGCAGAUAGAGGUUUUGGACCCGCUCACGUCUGAGGACUUUGCAUGGCUUCCUCUCCCGACCACAGGCUGUUUGCCGGGACCGCAAUGCGCAGCACUAUGUGCUCAUCUCCAUACUUACCUUUCCUUCUAUGCACCACCAACUUUGUCGACGGAUGACGAAGUCGCGGUGGGGUACAUCCUGGCAUACGUUACCAAGGUGGCCCGCGAGUUUCGCACGCAGCGGUACGAUAAUAACAAUGCACCGCUCAUGUAUGUCCGCAUUCAGGUUGGGCAAGUGUCCUGCAGCGCUUUGCUGGAUAGCGGCGCGUCUCGCAACAUCAUGAGCCAGUCUUUUAUGCAAAGAGCUGGCCUUGGCGUACAAGUUGUGAGGAAGGCAAACCCGACGGCAAUCAAGUUGGCGGAUGGUAAGAUGCAACAACUUCUCGACCGUUACAUCGAGGCCGUACCGGUCUACUUCGCACCUCAUGCAUGCGAACUGGUAACAUUCGAUACUCUCGACACGGACUUCAACAUCAUUCUGGGAAUGCCUUCUUGGCUCGCGAGUGCGGAUCACACGAUCAACUUCCAUCGGCGGAUUCUUAGCGUUCGCGACGCCUUCGGCGCAGAAGUGGCGUGUACUAUUUCUUUACCGCACUCUUCAAUCAGGUGCCAAGUGGUGAUUGCCAAAACAUUCCGGGCGACUUGUGCUUAUGAGCAGCCCGAGGAAAUCGGCCUAUGUUUCCUACGGACCGUCGCGGUAGGCGACUCUUCACCCACGGACUUGUCUUCGGACCCCCGUGUGGUACGGUUGCUGGACAAGUUCGUCGACAUCUUCGAGUCAGCUACCGGUGUGGUGCCGGGUUGGCCGAUCUCUCACGAGAUCAUUCUUGGGGCCGGUGUCGUGCCGCCAAAAGGUUGCAUCUAUCGGAUGAGCGAGGAGGAGCUUGAGGUACUCCGCGCACAACUCGAUGAUUUGUUGGCCAAGGGCUGGAUCCGCCCGAGUAGCUUCCCAUAUGGAGCACCAGUUCUCUUCGUCAGGMAGAAGAACAAGGAUMUACRAUUGUGCAUCGACUACCGCAAGCUCAACGCGCAAACCGUCAAGAAUGCGGGGCCUCUUCCUCGCAUCGACGAUCUUCUCGAGCGGUUGGGCGGUGCGAAGUAUUUUUCCAAGUUGGAUUUAAAAUCAGGAUAUCAUCAAAUCUCGAUUCAGCCGAAUGAUCGUUACCAAACCGCAUUCAAGACGCGGUACGGACAUUUUGAGUGGGUGGUCAUGCCUUUUGGCCUCACCAACGCCCCGGCGACAUUCCAGGCGGCGAUGACCAUUGAGUUUCGUGCGAUGUUGGACCGGUUCGUGCUGGUCUACUUAGACGAUAUUCUCGUCUAUAGCCGGAUUUUGGAGGAUCAUCUUGGACAUCUUCGACAAGUAUUGGAGAUGCUCCGCCGUGCUAAGUACAAGGCCAACCGUGACAAGUGCGAAUUUGUCCGGCAAGAGCUGGAAUACUUGGGCCAUUUUGUCACACUGGAGGGCAUCAGUUUGCUAUCGGACAAGAUUCAGGCCGUUCAAGAGUGGCCGGAGCCUCGGAACGUCACGGAUGUCCGCUCGUUCAUCGGUCUUACCGGCUACUGUCAGUGCUUCAUCAAAGGUUACUCCAAGAUCGCGGCUUUGACUUUGGAGAGGAGGCGCGGGGAUCAUUCCUCGCUCUCAAAGCCGCGCUAUUGUCUGCAGAGGUCUUGCGAAUGUACGACCCGCUCGCGCCUACUUGGUCAUUACGGAUGCUACUUCAGCAAGAAAGUGUCCCUCGUGCAUUCCAUUGACGAUGAACGCAAGAAGGAGUUCCUCGCCUUCGUCCACGCGCUCAAGCGGUGGCGGCACUUCCUCCUUGGUCGAAGCCAAUUUCGCUGGGUAACGGAAAACAAUCCGUUGGUCUUUUACAAGACACAAGACACCGUCAACAGCACCAUCGCUCGAUGGAGGGCUUUCUUCGACCAGUUCGACGUCUUUCCCGAUCACAUUCCUGGGCAGGUGAACCAUUUUGUGGAUGCUCUUUCACGGCGUCCGGAUCACUGUACCGCGGUCUACUCAACCUUCGAGAUUGACGACGACCUGCGGAACAGCUUCAUCCGCGGCUACCAAGCCGACCCCGAUUUCGCGACAAGUACGCGAAUUGCUCCUCUCCUAAUCUGGCUUCUUCUCACUACCGGAUCCAAGAGGGGUACUUGCUUGUCCACACGCGGGGGAAGGACCUUCUUUGCGUACCGAGUGAUCCUCACUUGCGUACAUGGCUUUUUGCGAUUUUGGUGGCCCGGCCUUCUCGGCGACGUCACACGCUAUUGCGAGUCAUACGAGGUUUGCCGACGCUGCACAUCCCGCAACCAUCGUCCGUACGGCGAGUUACGACCAUUGCCAGUCCCGUUGCGGCGAAGGGAAGCGAUUGCUAUGGACAUUACCGGCCCGUUCCCCAAGCACAAGACCGGAGUGGAUGGGAUUCUCGUGGUGGUCGACCAACUCACCAAGUUCGCCAUGUUUCUGCCUUGUCGCUAUCAUGCCAAGGCACCGGAGUUGGUCGAGGUUCUGUACGCCGGUUGGAUUCGCACCAAGGGUUACCCCAAGGAGAUCGUCUACGACCGCGAUACUCGGUUCAUGUCCGAUUUUUGGUGGGCGCUCAUCAAGCGAUGGGGCUCAUCUCUCAAGCCCAGUUCAGCUCGCCACCCUCAAACCGAUGGCCAGACGGAGAGGGCGCAUCAGACCGCACAGGUUCUCCUUCGCACUCUCAUCCGCCCCGACCAGAUAGACUGGGUUGAGCGACUGCCGGAUGUUGAGUUGGCCUACAACUCUUCCAUCCACCCGGCUAUUGGGUUUAUCUUUGAGUUCGAGCAUGGCUCGCCGGUCACAUCACCGCUGGACACUAUUACUCCAUGCACGGCCGAGAGCGACGACCAUCUUCUCUUAUUGUGUCGGAUGCAAGAGCCUUGGAGUUGUAGGGCCAGUGAAAGAGCCAUGGGGGUCAUUGACGCCUUGAGAGUGAUUCCUGAGAAGGUGAAGGCUAUUCCAGGCGCUGUGCGAGAUUACUUCCAGGCCGAUGAAGAAAAGGGAGCAAAAAUUCGGCGAUGGUUGGGGGCCACCAUUAUUGCCGUGGCCAUUGGCUACAUGGCUGUUACAUCAGAGCCCAUGGCAUCCUCUCUUGAACCAGUUACCGAUAAAGUCAAAGGCUUGUUUGGGAAGGGAAAAUCCAAGAGCCAGGCAUUCUACAGGGAGCACAAAAGAGCACAGAGGACUUAUCCGCGUUAUUGAUUGCUGCGGAGUGGAUUUGAAUGGCUACGAGGCUGAGGUUGAAGAUGCUUCUUGCAGAGGGAUGGUGGUCUGUAAUCGUUCUCAUGGACUGAAUUGCAAGGAUGGGGAAGAGGUAGGCUUUUGAUGGUGCGGCAUAUGCUGCUGGCGAUGUAGCUGAUGUCUUCUGUUUCUUUCUGAGAUGCUGCUUGAGGUAUGCCAAUGCAGGUGUGUUUCACUGGUGCAGAUACUACAGAUGACACAGAGGGGACUCGAAAUGUUCUUCCCAAUUUUUUUUGGCAUUUUAACUCUGUAACUGGCUGGUCACUCACGACAAGCCUGCUAGUGGAGAGGGUGAUCUUGGAUAGGCAAGGCUGAGAUGCUGUCUGAGGAGAGGGUGAUACGCUAUUUGCAUUAUCUUUCAGUGGAACAGAUUAUGAUGAAGAACAGAGAUGGCUCAGUGGGAGGGACUGACUUCAUCUGGUUCAUCUGAGCGGGUAGUGGGAGGUGGACAGCCGGCAGGCUACUUCUGAUCCCUUGUCUGAGCCAGGUCAUUGCACACAGGGGGUAUAAAAGAGUAUGUGAUUGGACCAAAGUUAGGUGAUCAGCUGUUUACAGAGGUUUCAAGAAGCCGCACUUCCAUGUCGUUUGCUUUUAAAAUGUGACCUUGUUGGCUUGAAGAGGCGUGGUCCAUCGGGAUCAUAAUUUUUAUUGGCAGAGGAAGGAUAUAACCUUUGUAAGUGCGUUUUACAAUUCCAUACUUCUUAAGUCGUUCUACAAGCUCCUUGAUUGGGGCUCGGCGGAGAACGAGUCUCGGGUGUAUCCUUCUUCAGUAUACUUUUCCGUGCGCUUCGCGCCUAACCCAAGAGACUUGAUUUUGUGCCUUCCAUUUCACGGCAUGAAUUUGGGUACUUAGGAGAGUGAUCCCAUUAUGACGUCCCCCCGGACGCGGGGGUGGGGUUAGUGUCUUAUUGGCUUUGACCUAACGGUUGGUUGCCCUUAAUUCAAAACAUCUAAAUUUAUAAGGUAUGGAAAUUGAAUUUGUCGAGGUUCAUAUAACAAAACAGCCAUCAAUGU